GCUAACCUCGGCCAAUAGGAUUCAGGUAUUUCCAAUUGCUUCAAGGCCUGAGCACUUUUUCAUUCAACCUUGUCGUUUAAACCGGUUCGAUCUCUUCCAAACCCCAACGACGAAUCUUACCAACUCUCCAUUGACCCGAUCACCUACCCGUCGCCCACCUCCUACGAACGGGUAGAAUCUCGCCCUUCAUGUUGGCAAGGUCUUGCCUGCGCUCUACGCGCAUCUUCAACGGCGCCAGAAAUGGCGCGACCGCCUUCACCAAGCGAUCUAUCUCGACAUCUAGUACUGGAGCCGAAUCCCCUUUCAAAUUAAAUGUGGCCGCUGCCGCUUCCACAGCUCUCGCUAUCGGAUCUGUGGCAUGGUACUACCACCUCUACGGAUCUACCGCGCACGCAAUGACGCCCGCCGAGGAAGGUCUACACCCGACAGCAUACCCCUGGGUUCACCAACAGUGGCUCAAGACCUUUGACCACCAAGCACUUCGCCGAGGAUUCCAAGUCUAUCAAGAAGUUUGCGCGUCAUGCCAUUCGCUUAGCCGAGUUCCUUACCGAGCACUUGUUGGAACUAUCCUGACGGUAGACGAGGCGAAGGAAUUGGCGGAACAGAACGAGUACGACACGGAACCCAACGAUGAGGGUGAGAUCGAGAAGCGACCUGGAAAACUUUCGGAUUAUAUCCCGGCCCCCUACAAGAACGAAGAGGCUGCUCGAGCGGCCAACAAUGGUGCCCUUCCUCCCGAUCUAAGCUUGAUCGUCAAGGCCCGACAUGGUGGCUGCGACUACAUUUUCAGCUUAUUGACCGGGUACCCCGACGAGCCGCCGGCGGGUGCUCAGGUCGGCGCCGGUCUCUACUUCAACCCUUAUUUCCCGGGCACCGGUAUUGCUAUGGCCCGUGUCCUGUAUGACGGUCUUGUGGAGUAUGAGGAUGAAACCCCUGCAACUACCUCGCAGAUGGCCAAGGAUGUGGUGGAGUUUUUGAACUGGGCAGCUGAACCUGAGAUGGACGACCGAAAACGAAUGGGCAUGAAGGUUUUGACUGUCACCGCGGUCCUAAUCGCUCUAAGUGUCUGGGUUAAGCGAUACAAGUGGGCAACGCUCAAGUCAAGGAAGAUCGUCUACGACCCGCCCAAGGUAACCGACAAAAUCCGUUUGUAAAGGAUAUCCGCUGCUGUAUGUACUAGUAAGCUAUCAUACCGCUCCUCCGUCAUGGUAAGGGGAGAAGAAAAAAAGACUCAAGGUUGCAAAGGGUUGGAGUAAUCCUGAGUCGCGACUCUAGAGUGUAUAUCAAGUUCCUAAAUUUUAGACGUUCAGAGAAAGUUUACUUGAAGCACAUUGGGCGACUUUGAUAAUGGAUUUUAAUGAUGAGAACAGCUUUGCUCAGCUCAGUCAAUCCCAAAUCCCACAUUCACCUACCUAUGUACAUACUUACAGUAUUUUAGGUUAGGUAGGUAGGAGGUAGGUAGGAGAUUGGUUACUUGGUACCCCUUAUUCACGAGAUAAUUCGGUAUAGAUGUACAAGGUACAUUGAUGAAGCAAUACCUAGGUACCUAAGUCUUCCGCAUUUGCGUCCAGUGCACCUACCAGACAAGAACCCAUACAAACACGCCGUAGUUGCCGUGCCAUAAUGGAACCUACAAGUUUAC